AAUUUCCCAACAACGAGAGCCGGUUCCUCUCUGGGUCGUCUUCUUCCUCAAUGGCAGUAGUAUCUUGUCUCCGCAGAGACACACUCUACCUCCAGUUCCAUCGGCACCCGCUGCGCUCCGACUCCAAUCCGAAGUUCCCAUUCCUCCGUAUCCCCACCAAGCCGCGGCGGCUCCUUAGUGUAUACGCCUGUGCCCACAAUCCGAAGGAGCAGUUGAGACAGAGCUUGGUUGGAUUGGCUUUCUCUGGUAUUCUCUUUCUGGGUUUCGGUCUUCGCUUCUCCUCCGCCGCUUCUGCUCCUCCCCUUCUCCCGCGGCCCCAUCACCACGAGACACUUCAAGCUCAACGUGAUGAGGAAAAGGAUGGAGACGUAGAAAAGCUAGAGGAUGAGGAGUUGGACCCAGCAUUUGAAGCUUGGAAGUCUAAAUCAUUUGCUUUAACUGUGCCUCUGAGAAUCGUUGCUCUUCAGGGCUCCACGCCUCCUUCAUGGGUUAAGGAUUUCAUGAAAUCACAAGGGAAGAGAUUAAAGUUUCAGACAAAGGUCCGUGGAAAUCUUGAAGAAAUUUAUUCUGAUCUGUGUAAGGACUUUAGCCGAGGGAAACUUGGACCUACAUCUACUGUAGCGGCUGAUAUUGUGAGUGUUGGUGACUCAUGGCUCAGUUAUGCUAUUAACAAGGCUAUAAUUGAACCCAUAAGAGGUGCAGAAGAGCAGGACUGGUUCAAGGACUUAAGUGAGAAAUGGAAGAUGUAUCUACGCAGAAACUGCAAUGGGAAAAUAGAUCCUGAAGGUGAAAUAUGGGCAGUACCAUAUCGAUGGGGCAGCAUGGUGAUAGCAUACAAGAAAAGUAAUUUUCAAAAGCAUAAGCUGGCUCCUAUAGAGGACUGGGCAGAUUUAUGGCGGCCUGAGCUUGCAGGAAGAAUUUCAAUGGUGAAUUCACCUAGAGAGGUGGUUGGUGCAGUCUUAAAGUACAUGGGGGCAUCAUACAACACAAGCAACAUCAACCUGCAAGUUGCUGGUGGGAGGAAUGCUGUACAGCAGAAUCUUGCUUUACUUGGAAAGCAGGUUCGCUUAUUUGACAGUGGGCACUAUCUCAAAGCAUUUUCAGUGGGAGAUGUGUGGGUGGCUGUUGGCUGGAGUAGUGAAGUUCUUCCAGUUGCAAAACGCAUGUCAAAUGUUGCAGUAAUCGUUCCAAAGUCUGGCACUAGCUUAUGGGCUGAUCUAUGGGCAAUCCCAGCUGCAUCCAGACUCAAUACAAACAGAAUCGGGGGGCGAGUGAGAGGCCCAUCUCCACUAAUCCACCAAUGGAUAGAGUUCUGUUUGCAAGCUGAAAGAGCACUACCUUUCAAGCAAGGGGUCAUCGCAGGUGCAACCCCCUCUGCCCUUGAAAGUAUACCAAUCAAAUUGCCUGAAGAGCUCACCAAGGGUAAACCUAAGCUAGACACAAACCUAAUUGCUGGAGUGCCCCCACCUGAAAUCUUGGCUAGGUGUGAAUUCUUGGAGCCCUUAUCUGAUGAAACAUUGUCAGAUUACUCGUCUCUUAUUUCUACUAUGUCAAAACCUGGCCGAGGUUUCAUGGACAUGGUAGAUCGUUCUAUCUCAUCUGUCAUUCACACUGUGAAGCCAAAACCAACCUGAACUAACCCUAAACUCAAGUGGUAUUUCUUGUCAUCAUUCAAACGUUUGAAGAUACAGUGCAAAACAUUGUACAUCCUUUUGUAGAUAUGCAUUAGAUUAGAGCUCACAUAAAUUGGAAUGCAUUUCCAAUUAGUUUGAUGUUGCCCUUGCAUAAGUUGAAUGUUGGUUUUCACAGUUUCACAGUUCCUGAAGUGAACUUUAGAAAUCAAGCCUGGAUGGAAUAAAACUUAACGAACUGC